AUGCACUCGUGUACGUGCCGUUUAAGGGGAUCAGAUCGUAGAAGUAAUGAUAGUGAAUUGAUUGGCAGGGCUAAUUCUGCAAGAAACACAGGCGCAUGUGGCAUUCAACAGCAGGAGAAUGUUGGUGGUUUUUAUGGUCGGGAGAGCCCAGUUAUUCAGAACUCAGGACUUACUGAAGGAUUCUUGGCAAAUGACCGAUAUGCACAAGCAGGCAAUACGAGUCCACAGCCUUCUACUAGUGGGUUGGCAAGUGUGAAUUCAGACAAUCACUCCAAUAGUCUUCGUGAAAGCGAUGUGUUACCAUCAAAAUCAAAAUCUCUUAAGGAGAUUCAAAAUAGUGUGAUUAAGGAACAUAUAGCCUCUGAUGAUAGUGACAUUGAAGUUGUGCGCAUUGAGACUAACAGACCUCCAAGAAGACGGCAGGACCUCUCUAGUCGAGCAACUGUCGUUGUUGAUCUCACUGAGGGUGAUUGUGAUGACCCGAGUAUCCUAGCAACCGCAGGUGCUCCCAAUAGCCUCACUCCAACAUUUGACCUUGACCUUCACCCCGACAACCGUGACCUUGACCAGCAGCUGGAGGAGAGCAGUCGCAGGUCAUUGGUGUCAAUGGUCAAAGAUCACCCAAGGUCAAUUAAUAGUUGUGCAGAGGUGCGAAAUUCUGAAGGAAGUUCAAGGUUACACCCUUUGGAACAAGAGUAUCAGUCGUCAUGGCUUACACCUUCGGGGUCCUCAAGGUCAUCAUCAAUGAAUACAGAGGAAGGUCACCCAAGGUCAAGGUCAGGAAGUAUGGAGUCAUGUCGUGACCUUUGUCAAGGUCACCAACACUUGCCUGCUCAGGACUUUGUGUGUCCACGGCAUGGUCCUCCAUGCAACCGGUUGAGUUGUACCCAACAACCCCUUUGUUCCCAUGGCAACCAGAUGAGGUCACCUGACGUCAUGUGUCACCCUCUGUCACACGUCCACAGUAUUGGGCAUAUCGAAGGGUCAAGAGGUCAUGCAGGACAUAAUAUUGGUCACCAUGACAACCAUGUACAUAGAACUGUAUCAUGCACCUGCCAGAGAGGGAGCAGUGGAAGAUCAGCCUCCCAUGCACACAGCCGCUUGACAGCACCAGUCCCCUCAUCACAGCCAAAAGAGGGCCAAGCAGUCACCUCAGCACACUCCAAUAUGCCAAAAUCACAAAACACUACCCCCCUAUCUCAGCAGUCUUCCCGGUCUGGUCAUUCUAUGGAGCCCGAAAGUGGUCAAGCCCCAAGCAAUGCACAUAAACAGCCUGCCAGUAACUCUAGCUCAAACUCGCAAGCUCCAAACAACCCCCUCCCCCCUAGCUCAGUGCCCCACCCAUAUCACCAAUGUUUUGGUAAUGUCCACUCCCACCACCCUCAUCACUCAACACGGGCAUGGAUUGUCAACAAGCGCGCCCCACCCGGCAGCAGCCCCGCUCCCACCCCACGGCAGAGAGCCCAUAUACACCACCACCAUUACCACCCAGCUCCCUUCCACAUUCCCCCAAGUCCAUUCCCCACAUUUCACAACCAGGGUAGACACCAUAUCGUCAGGCCCAUACAUCAGGUGCCAGCUCCUCAUCCCCACCAGCAUCAACAGUUACCUCCUCACCAGGACAACCUUAGAAUGCUAGACCUGCUCAGAGCUCAAUUUCAGCAUGCACAACUUGUGCAGGGCUCAAACCUUCUGCAGAUUCCACCACACUCGCUUGUUGAGACACAGCCGCCAAUGGCCCACAGCCAGACAAGCUGUAGCCUGGACAGCGCCCCCAGACCUCCAGCCAACAAUCAGCACCCCCAGAGCACGCCACAGGGGCAACACCAGCACCUCCAUCACCACCUGCACCACUACCACCAUGCCGGCGUGCCCAGGCUCCGCCACUUUGCUGCAGUCCCUGGAGUGCACCACGGGGUACCAGUUAUUCGACCAUUCCCAGAGUUCCCUGCUGUGCCUGAUUUCCAAACAUUCCCUCCAGUUCCUCCUUCAUUUGGCAUGUUGCCAAGAAAUGUCCAGAUGCGGCUACAGCUUGGAAGAAUGAUGUUUAACCCACACAGGCCUCCAACUUAUGAGGAAUUGCUUCAUCUGGAGGAGAGACUGGGCAAUGUUAAUAGAGGAGCCAGUCAGGAUGUCAUAGAACAGUACACACUGCCACACAAAUAUAAGAAAGUGAAGAUUAUCAAUGAAGAUGAGGAAGAUGACUCCAACCAUAUGGAGAAAUGCACGAUCUGUCUUAGUGAGUUUGAAAAUGACGAGGAUGUCAGGAGACUGCCAUUUAUGCACCUUUUCCACAUUGUGUGUGUGGAUCAAUGGCUGGGAAUGAACAAGAAAUGUCCGAUAUGUCGGGUAGACAUUGAAGUGGGCUCCAAGGACCAUACAGGAGCUACUGGGGGUUCUUCUGAGUGCUGAUUGGUGGAUUUAAACUGGAGCUGAACUCUGAUUAAUGGAUUUAAACUGGAGUUAAAUGCUGAUUGGUGGAUUUGAACUGGAGCCUAGUGCUGAUAGGAGCUGAAUGCUGACUAGUAGAUUUGAACCUGGGCUGAAUGUUAAUGAGUUGAAUUUAAAUUGAGCAGAGCUCUAAUUGGCAAAUUCGAAUAUGACCAGUAUGUAGUUUAUUGAUGUGAAAUUAAGCUGAUUGUUAAUUGGCUGAUUUUGCAUUUAACAAAUGAUUUGUUGAUUGCAAAUUUAUUUGAAUAAUGAUUGGUUGUUUUGAAGUUUGGUUGUUGGUUUACUGAUUGGUUGAUUUUAACUUGCAGAUGUGAGACUCAACACGAUUAGAAUAUAUGAAUGUUGCUUAUCUCCUAAUAGAUGAUUAUUGCAUUAGUAUUUUAUGGAAUUUUUCUUAGAGAAAAAUACAAUAAACUGUAAAAAACAAAACAAAAAACAAUAUGGCAUUGUUUGCUUUUCAAUGUAAAUUCUGUAUUCUCAAAGUUAUUUGUUAGAAAGGAAUUAUUGUGUUAGUGCUUUAAUAUCUUGCUCUGGGAGAGGUGGUGUAAACAUAAGCUGAACGCUGAUUGGUUGGUUCUAUAUUGAAUUGCUUGCUUAUUGGUUGGUUUGAACUCGGAAUGUUUUCUGAUUGGUCCAUUUAAAUUGGUUUUGUUAGAAAAUUUAAAAAGUUUUGGGGGCAUUUUUUCAAUAUAAGAGGGGUUGCGAAACACUUUUUGUACGGGUAUGUGUAAGUGUGGG